AUGCGCGUCCAAAAACUCCUAGGGCUGUCGAGCGCUAUCUUAACCGCCGGAAGCCUUUGCGCAGGGUCCCAAUUGGUUAAUAUAGAAAAGCAAUUAGGUAUAGAUCGAAUUGACCUGCCUCAUCUAGACUUAUCUGCAAGCUCCAACAAUAAUAUUCAAUUAUUGGGCAACUUUGAAGACCUGAACAUUUAUCGCUACUCCGGACAGUCUAAUUUUACCGGACAAAGAGAAUCUAACUCAUCGAAUUCUCAAAAACUAAUAUAUCUCUCUAACAAUACCCUGGUCGAGCUAUACUCCCCUUCUAAUUCUAAUGAGACGUUCCAAGUUGACCAUAUAGUCCCUCUUGGAUCAGAUUCGUUUAUUCUGAGUGGUUCAGGCGUGAUCGACAAUCAUAAAUUAGAGCGCCAGAUUCUUUUAAAUCUGUCCACACUCAGUUACAAACCUAUUUUUGACCAAGAUUUGAAACAGGUGAAUGCCAUCGAAGUUGUAAAUGAUAAAGUCUAUUUCGGAGGCACCUUCACAUAUGAGUAUUCUAACCAAACAGUGCAUAGUAUCAUCGCGUGGGAUGCAAUUCAGGAAAAAAUUGAAGUGCUACCUUUUGGAGGUUUUAAUCCAAACUCUAAUGUGAAUUCUAUUAUCCAAUGGGAUGAAGAGAACUUAAUAUUUGCGGGGAAUUUCACUACAGUAGAAAAAGAAUCCGCCCUCAUGAGUAACACAACAUUGUCCAACUCAUCUAACACAACAGUUCCCGAGCUUUCUCACGAAAUCUCUUUGAAGAGUGCUACUAUGUCUUCUACAGGUGAAAUACACGAAGAUCAACUAAUAUGUCCGUCACUCUCAUCAGACAGCCUAGGAUGGCUUCAAAGAGACACUACAGAAGGUGGAUUUGAGGUUACUUUAGGAAAGCAAACACGGGCAUCCAAAAUUCGCGUUUACAAUUCUCCAAAUGAGCAGGAUCAAGUAUCGUUGUUCCGCGUCUUAACAUCUCCUGCCAACGGUAUAAUGAAUCUUACAUACCUCGAUCCAUCGACCGGGAAUCUAAAGUCCUGCGAUGCAUGGUGUCCACUACUGUCCACCUCGAAUUUGACGGCAGCUGCGUCAGCAACCACCUUAACUGAAAGAGCAAAAUUUUUACACAACCGCACGACUGUUGAAUGGUCCACGCUUUUUCAAGAUUUUGCUUUUGUCAACGACGUGCCUAUCUCAAGUUUGAACUUCGAGGCCUUAGCUUCGUAUGGCUCUAAUGUGGGCCUCAGAUCAAUUGAGUUGUUUGAAGAACAAAUUUCUGUCUAUGCCAACAAUUCCCUAAAUUAUCCAAGCUGCGAGGCUUCAUCAAGUGAAUUCAGUGCUGAGCUGUCACCAUCUUUUUCGUGGCAUCAGGGUUCAGCACAAUCCUCAUAUGUUUACACGACUUUUGACAAUACACAUGCCGAAACUCCUUCUGUGAAAUACUCCCUCAAUGUACUCUACCCCGGAAACUAUACAAUUAACCUAUUAACACCUGGUUGUCUUGCCGAUAGUUCAUGUGAUGGGCGUGGAACUGUAAACGCAACGUUUUACGAUGGUUUGAACAAAAAUCUUUUGUCAACAAAGAUUUUAUACCAAAACAACGAUUAUGACAAAUACGACAAUCUUUAUGCGGGCCACCUAGAAGGAAGUUACGAACUGGAAGUCAUAUACCACGAGCCCAUUGUUAGAGAUGCGGAUCAAUUUACCAUGGUUGCUGACGAGAUCGAGAUCUUUGUUGUCGACUUCGCCUCGUCCGUCUUUGACUAUUCAGAUGAAACUGUCUUUAAUGGUCUGGUGCAGUACAGCGUGAACAAUCAAUCGCUCUACACCCAUGGGGCAGACCACAACAGUACAAUUGACCUGGCCAAGUAUGCACAGACUGUAUUUCCAAAGUAUUCAGAGCUCUAUGCGGCUCGAUACAAAGAAAAUCUGACAUUGCUAACUUCUUCCGGUGACAUUUCUACCUUUAAAUGGGAUUCUAACUCCAAAGAAUGGAGUUCAGAUGUUAGCAGGAUUGGAACAAAGAUAAGAGGGCUGUCAACAUUUUCAGGCGGUCUCGUGAUAACAGGAUCAUUCAACGAAUCGUCGACAGGCGCUUUGGGGUUCAACGGUACACUUUUCAGUUUUCCCGUCCCUGAGUCUACGAGCCGUGUCUGUAACCUAACAUUAGAAGGCCAUGAAUUUUUAAUGUUUGAUAAUCAUUAUGCCAUUAAUGUGUCAACACAAGACGUGGCCAAAAAUACUUCCAAGCUUUCGUUUUCCGCUUCAAGUUCAGGUUCAAACUACGCAAAUGACAUCUUACUCCAAGGCGAUGUGGUCCGCAAUGACUACACGGAACUUAAUGGCGCGUUUCCGAUUUCACCUCAAUUAAGCAAAGCAAGUCAGGCCCUACCUUUGUUUUCUGGAAAAAUCCCAUACGAUGCCAUCUAUAUUGACAAUAGCACUGCUGUUUACAGCUAUUUCAACACGCAAGCAAACUCAGGUUCAUACGGCGCUUUAAGCGUAAAAAACAACUCCCAAAUAUCAGAUCUAUCUUACGAGUGGUCCAACAAUGUUGCUGCCAUGGCAUAUCUGGAAGAUGAGAGUAUGUUAGCAAUUGGACUAGAGAAACAAAGUAUUGGGCCCCAAUUUAUAUUACGGAAUUUGAGUACUAAUGAGAAUGUAGCCGAUUUCUCGUGGCACGAUGAGGUAUCACUCAACGCCUUCAUAUUUUUUGAACGCAACAAUUCAGUCCUUGUUGGGGGCAGCUUUGCGCUCAAUGACACGAACUGUUCGGGUUUAUGCCUUUACAACUAUCGUGAUAUGCAAUGGUCGGCUUUUUUCAAUGAUUCAAUCAGAGGCAAUGUCAGUAGCAUGCAAUUACUGAACAAGACAUGUCUCUUGGUAUCCGGAUCGUUCAACGUUAACGGUACAAGCCAUGCAAACAUUGCCACGAUUUCUUUAGAAGAUGGUUCUUCUCAAAUUAUUUCCGAAGGAGACGAGAUUGUGACGAGCUAUAUUAGUACCGAAGAUUCUUUAGAAAACUCUAUUGCUGUAUCGAAGCAAAAAAUCCGUGGCUACGCAAACGGCGGAUGGAAAACCAUCUCAUCUGAAUUUACAAGUGAUUCGGUCUUUGGAGAGGCGCAUGCAUUUUCGCUCGCUGAAAAUUCAGGUAGGACAAAGAGGCAGAACUCACAAAAGGUAAUCGUUGUUACGGGAAAUCUCAUUCAUGAAAAAUUCGGUAAUAUCAACGCUGCGAUUUUUGAUUUUAAUAGCUGGUUACCUUUCUUGAGUACUACCAAAGCUAUAUCAAAUUCCCUAACAAACUCACCCCAAAUUUUUAGCAAUCAAGAUAUCUCUUCGAAGAAUUCUUAUGAUGGCUAUUUGCAUAACAUCGUUUCAGGAAACCCUAUAAGCUCAAGCGGACCUUCAUCGCAUCCAUCUGCAUCCUCUCAGCCUAUGCCUUCAAAUAAUACGCAGAGUUCAGGGAAUAUAGAUCGUGGUUUCAUUGUACUUAUCGGCUUGGCGCUUUCCAUGGCCACAUUGGCAGUAUUGGGAAUACUGGGUACUGCGCUUUCUUAUUUUUUUGGCGACUCAGGCGAUCGGUACCAGAGUGUAAAACCACGUAUUGACGAGAGUGAAAUGAUCGACACCGUUCCACCCGAAAAACUAAUGAAAUUUAUUUGA